CUGUCAGUUGUCAUGGCUGAGCGACGGCGUGUGGUGAACUCCAGCAACGGGGGAAACUGACCUUUAUUUUUGCAGAUGUGGGGACGAAGCUUUCUCAUCCCCCAGGUGGUAAAUACUAUUCGCUUCACUUGGAGACACCGACAUUACUUCACCAUGCAGCUAAAAACCAAGGAGUUCAAGUCAUUAUUCACUGAUGGACUGAAUACUCUAGCAGAGAUUUUUCAGAAGCACCAGUUUGAGCUGAGGAUUGCAGGAGGAGCCGUGCGGGACCUUCUGUCAGGGAAACAACCUGAGGAUGUGGAUUUUGCCACUACUGCUACACCUGAGGAGAUGAAGCAGAUGUUUCAGGCUGCAGGGAUCAGAAUGAUCAACAACAAAGGAGAGAAACAUGGAACCAUUACUGCCAGGCUGCAUAAUGAGAACUUUGAAGUGACCACCCUGCGUGUGGACGUUCAGACAGAUGGGAGACAUGCAGAAGUGGAGUUCACUACAGACUGGCAGAAAGAUGCUGAGCGCAGAGACCUCACAAUUAACUCCAUGUUCCUUGGGCUGGAUGGGACCUUGUAUGAUUAUUUCCAAGGUUAUGAGGAUCUCCAAAACCGGAAGGUUCGCUUUGUUGGAAAUAGUGCACUUAGGAUUCAGGAGGAUUACCUGCGAAUUCUAAGAUAUUUCAGGUUUUAUGGACGUGUGGCAUUCAAGCCAGGGCAGCAUGAUCCAGAAACGCUGGAGGCGAUCCGGGACAACGCAAGAGGCCUAGGGGCAAUCUCAGGGGAGAGAAUCUGGGUGGAACUCAAGAAGAUGCUGGUGGGACAUCAUGCGGAUCACCUGCUUGAGCUUAUUUAUAAGCUAGAUCUGGCUCAAUACAUAGGUCUUCCAGCAGAUGUCAGUAUUGAAGAGAUGAAGCAGGUGUACCAGAGGACACAAGGCAGCUCUCCUAAACCAAUGACCGUACUCUCAUCUCUGCUGCGUGGCCCAGAAGAUGUGGAAAGACUGGAUCUCCGAUUAAAGAUCUCCAGAGAGGAGAAGACCCUCGGCCUCUUCCUGGUGAAACACAGACGAGACCUUGUUAAGGGUCAUGAUGAGAAUAAUGGCCUGAAGCCAUACACUGAUUUUAUCAUUGAUUCCAGAGAGCCAGAUGCCCAGAGCAAAGUCCUGGAGCUCCUGAAGUACCAGGGUGAAAGAAAGCUCCUGGCUGAACUGAGUCGCUGGUCCAUCCCUCGUUUCCCUGUCAGUGGACAUGACCUGCGGCGCCUGGGAAUCACAUCGGGAAAGGAGAUUGGUAUGACCCUACAGGAGCUCCGUGAUGUCUGGAAGAAGAGCCGCUACCAGAUGGGCAAGGAGGAACUCUUGAGUACCAUCAGUAGUUCCUAGUAGAGGACAAAACAUACCAUUGAGAGAUGGUUGUCGCAGUGAAGUGUCUCUUCUGUGAUAUUUACAGUGAACAAGGAGGCAAAUAAUGCUGAGGAAAAUCUGUCUGUGUUCAGAUUAAAGAACAUGUAACUUUGGUUGUUUCCUUUCUAUCCUAGCUACAUGGCAGUACAUACACACUAUCAGCAGCUGCACUCCAAGGAUUUGUUUUCAGAUGAAUAUAAAUUCCUGAUGUGUUGUAGUGGACAGACCAUUCACACUGCUUCCCUUCAUUCUGUUCAUGUAGUUACUGCAGCCAUGCCAUAAAGACAGAAUUCACCAUAGCCUAUCUAUUUGUAUGUUUAUUUUAUUUUCAUAAUUUGCUCAUUAUAGGUUACACACUUAAUAGCUGAAAAUUAAAGUUCAGCUGGCUCUGAAGGAGAAAGCAUUUGCCUAAUGCUACUAUGGUUCAUUAUGGAGGAAAAAAAGAUUGCAGGUGGCUAUGUUACAAUUAUUGUCUGACUUUGAAGUAAACAGAAAUACAAAUGAAAAAGAUCUGUCUGUCAUUUUGUUGUUAACAGUUUUCGAUCAGCUUUCUAAAUAAUUCAGAUAAGUAUCGAGCGUGUGUAUGUAUUGAGCGUCUGGCGCAAAAAGCAAUUUCAUUGAUUACCUUUAGCUUUGAUUACGGGUGAAUUCAUGUGUGAAAAUGAUUCCUCAUGCUCCCAGAACCACUCACAACUUGUCGAUCAGUACAUUCAGGUCUACUUGAUCAAUCAGUACAUUCAGGUUAUUAGCCGACAUAAUUUUAUUGCCACAUAACGUUGCUGAGCCUAGACCUGACCAAGUAAACCAACCCCAGAUCAUAACACUGCCGCCAAUGUACUUCACUACUUACCCUGUCUUACCCUGGUGCACACAUCACUUGAAAGAAGAAUCAAUCUGACCUCAACAGACUUGUUUGGUGCUUGUCGCGUACACAUAUCUGAGUUUGGAAAUGC